AUGUCGUCCGCCCCCAGCCACCCGUGCCCGUCCACGCCGACGCUCCUCAACUACAAGACGACGGACUUCUGGUUCGCGGACGGGAACAUCGUGCUCCUCGCGGGCAACGUCGCGUUCAAGGUCCACCGCGGGCAGCUCGUGCGCCACUCGGACGUCUUCUAUGACAUGUUCUCGCUCCCGCAACCGGCUGCCGAGGACGGGCAGGGACUGAUCGACGGGUGCCCGUGGGUCGAACUCCAUGAUGACCCUUCGGACGUUCUGCACCUGCUGCGGGCACUGUAUGAUGGGCUGUACUUCUCCAAACCCACUGCGGGCGACUUCUGCACCGUGUCUGCGGUGCUGCGCCUAUCGAACAAAUACAUGAUCGAGCACCUCCGCCAGCGUUGCCUGGUGCGCCUCGAGACGGACUGGCCGACGACUCUCAUCGGCUGGGACAGGCGCGAACAACAGGCAACCGUCGACGGACGGUACAACCCGCGCGAGCACUACGCCCACCCCGUGCUCGUCAUCCAGCUCGCCGAAGAGCUCGACCUCGAGCACAUCCUCUCCUCCGCCUUCUACGACCUCUCGCGCUACGGCCCGCGCAAGAUCGCCGCGGGCGCGACGAACAUGCCGCACCUACUCCCGGCGACGCUCGCGCGCUUCAAGGCGCGCGCGGGCGGCGCGAGUGGCCCGAAGGACCCGCUGCGGCUCGCGCGGGGGGACCUGGGCGCGGCGUUCCGCGGGCGCGAGGCGAGCCAGCGCUUCCUCGCGGGCUUCAUCGAGGCGGAGCUGUCCGGGCGCGCGAUCUCGGCGGGGUGCGCGAACCGCGCGCACGCGAACGGGCACCACUGCCGCGAGUCGUACUACUUCAUCAUGCUGAAUGUCCUCAGGAGCGUGAGUGGGAUCGCGAGUGGGAGAGAUGCGGACCCGCUGUUCUCGCUGUCGCAGGCGGUGGAGAUGCUGUCGAGGACGGACUUUUCGGACGGGACGAAGCAGUGCGGGUUGAGGAUUUGCGCGGCGUGUAAGGAGGACUUUGCGGGGAGCGUGGCGAAGGCGAGGAAGGAGGCUUGGGAGCUCAUCCCGGUGUGGUUUGGGCUGAAGAGCGACCCGGGCGCCAGCGCGGAGGUGGAGAAGGUGGAGACGUGA